AUGAUGAUAGUGACCACGACGCGGCAAGAUGACCGGAACGCGGCAGCUACGACGUGGGCAGACGACGGCAGUUUGGACCUGUACCGACGUCGGCUGCAUGAAUUGCGGUGCGAAGUGCAAGAAUCGGUGACUCAAGGCAGAAAAACGUUUUAG